CUCUGCAUACUUCCUGGCUGUAUACCCAGCAAAAGAUAAAUGAAAGUGUAAUAAUAACAACAAAGCAGACUCACGACCUCUCCAAAACCAGGUCGCACUAGAGAGUUAAAGUAACGAUCUGAAAAAAGAAUCCUUUUUCAAGUCUUCUGUCUAUUGGAGAGUGGGAGAUAUCACAGGAAGCAACAGGUCACUCAGGUCUUGCUGAUUGUUAUCGGUGAAUGAACUUAAAAUGUCUUCUCCGCCUCUCUUUAUUGCCACCAAUGAUUUCUCUGCCCUACCUGAAUUUCCAGAAGAUGUCUACGUGAAGGUGGAUAGAGGAAGCUUGCUUACCCCAGUUCCCACGUUAUCAAUUAACAUUCAGAAGAUGGAGUACUCUCUUCCAUCUUCACCUUCACUAUGGCUAAAGGUCCUGGAGUCUCAGAAAGUUGUAGGGGUGGAUAAAAAGUCUGUAAUGGAACUGGGGUCUCUGGUAGGCAAAGUGUUGCAAGCAGUAACAGACACAGAAGAGCGUCUGGCAUUAUUCAAGGACCAGCGCAGACUGCGAGAAGUGACAAGUUUGAUCGUUGGGGAUAAUGUCAAGGUGCAAGUCACCUCGUCCAGUGGACGUAGGGAGAGGGGGGUGCUACGCUACGUAGGACCUGUUUGUCAUAAGCAAGGGCAGCUCUAUGGAGUAGAGCUUGUGGGUUCAGCAAUGGGUAAGGGAUUCACAGACGGGUCGCUUCGAGGGAAAAAAUUCUUCCACUGCAAAGAGAACUAUGGUGUCUUUGUUCCAGGAAGCAGAAUAGACCGAGCACAUGCUGAAGUACCCAUACCAAAAUUGGUAAGAGCAGAUGAGACCACCUCAGGCUUUGAAGAAGACUCUACUCGGGGCUUUCAGAACCCUCGUGAGCAGCAAACCAGAAAGCUACAUUUUCUUCCAAGGGGCGUCAAAGAGCAUAGCCCUACAAAAUCCAAUGAGAAGGGACAGAUCAAUGAAGAGAAACUUGUCAAGUGGCGUAUUCCAGAGGAACAUGCAGCAGAAGAUGAACCUCAACAUCUGACCACCCAGCCUCCAACACAGGAGCCUCAAUCUGAACUGAAUCUUUCCGCUGAUGACCACCACCCACCUGCAAGUUUAUAUUGCCCCCCUUCAAAUGGAGGCACCAGCAGCCUUUUGCCAGAAACAGAACAACAAGCAUUAGGGUUGGAACUGAACUCCAUGGUAGAGGUUCACAACCCCCCAAUCUAUGGGGUGAUUCGCUGGAUUGGGCAGAUACCAGAUUCUUCUGACCUUAUUGCUGGACUUGAAAUGGAGGAGGAGAUGUCGGCAUGCACAGAUGGGACGUACAGAGGGAAUCGGUAUUUUCACUGUGGCCCAUAUAAGGCUCUGUUUGUCAAACUGCGAAACUGCCGUCCGGACUUGCGUUUUUAUUCUCUUUCUGGCAAGUCAAAUCCGAUCCAGCGAUGUAAUUCAAUCGCUUUCAGGGACUAUACUAGUGAGUGUGUGGAGGAGAAUACACCUCCAUUAUCGGGCAGAGAAGCCAUAGAAUGCUUGACAGGAUGGAAAAAAGGAAUCCAAGGUCACUGCAAUUCCUGUUAUCUGGAUGCAACUCUCUUUUGCAUGUUUGCCUGUUCUUCUGUGCUGGACACGAUGCUCUUGCGUCCUGCUGACAAAAAUGACAUUGAUCCCUACAGUGCUACAAGGGACUUGCUGCGUAUUGAGAUUGUAAAUCCUCUUCGGAGGAAUGGUUAUGUAUGUGCCACAAAAGUGAUGGCCCUGAGGAAGAUUUUGGAAGCAGCUGGGAAGAGUACAGGAUUUACCAGUGAAGAAAAAGAUCCUGAGGAAUUUCUAAACCAGUUGUUCCAGGUCCUUAGGGUAGAACCUUUGUUUUAUAUCAGGACACCCAAGAAGAAGCCAGAAGGGUGCAUAUUUUAUCAGAUCUUCAUGGAUAGAAAACAGUCCGAGGAUGUACCCAGUGUGCAACAGCUUUUGGAGCGGUCACUGGUGACAGGUGACUUGAAAUUCACAGAGGCUCUCUCCUGUCUCAUUAUCCAAAUGCCCAGAAAUGGGAAGAACUUCAAGUUGUUUCCCAUCAUUAUUCCAACUCUGGAAUUGGAUAUUACAGAUCUUGUGGAAGACGCCCCACGCCAGUGCUGCAUUUGUCAGUCCUUAGCUCUAGUGGAAUGUCAUGACUGCUAUGAAGAUACCUGCAUCGCACCGGGGCACAUAAAGCAGUACUGUGACAUCUGUAACAAGCAGGUCCACCUCCACAGGCAGAGGCGUGGGCACCAUCCACGGGAUCUGGGUGUGUCAGAUCUAAAUGAGCAAACUGUGUUCCCAAGGCAGGUCAUGCAGCUGUAUGCUGUGCUGUGCAUAGAAACCAGUCAUUAUGUGGCUUUUAUUAGAAUCCAUUCCCAGAAUUCCUAUCACUGGGUCUUUUUCGACAGCAUGGCUGACCGAGAAGGGGGAGAAAAUGGAUUUAACAUUCCCCAGGUUGCUCCCUGUCCAGAAGUGAUGGAGUAUUUGCAAAUGAGCCCUGAAGAGCUAAAACGUGAAGACCCAAAGAGUAUACCUAUGUAUGCUCGUCGGCUGCUGUGCGAUGCAUACAUGUGCCUGUACUACAGUCCUGAUCUCAGCCUUUACAAAUAGAAGACAUAUACUUUCAGUAGUGCAGCCUCUCUUAAGCACAUAUGCAAAAGUGCGUGUAUAAGGUGAUAUACGGUUAGAAAUAGUCUAUACUGAGUAUGCUCACGAGCAGUUGUGUUAUUUUUAUUCAGGCUGUGUCUGUUUUAUAUUCCAAGUCACACAUUAAUCCAGAUGACAAAGUGGGAUUUGUUCACUUUUUUAGCUUCUUUUCUAUUUUAUAUAGCACAAAUGAUCUUGUUGGCUCUGGAGCCAAGAAGUCAAUAAGGUCAAUGCUAAAUCCUGCUGUAAUAAAUUAUAUUUUUUUAAAGGUG